AUGGACGAGGGAUGUUUGAGAGAUGGUCACUUUUUUACUACAUUUAUGAAAAACAAAGUUCUCCGAGUAUAUGAUCCUCCACCAACACUUAGAGAAGAGAGAUUCUAUUUGGAGAAUAGUGAAAACGAUAAGUCAUCAAUAUUGAAUCAACCGCCUUUCCGGAUGCCAAUACAAGGAAAAGAUUUAAUACAGAAAGGCGCAAUUGCAAAAGAUCCAACGUUCAAGGUGGAUUUAUGUGACCGUAAUUGGAAUACAAGCUCAAACUCAGGAACACAUUAUAGCGGUUGCCACAGUCCAAGAUUCUUUCAUAAACAGACAUUGGCUGAUUAUGCUAUCUUUUAUGCGUCAAAGACGUGA